AUGUCGCAACACCAGUACCCAGCCCCCCCCAUGUCCGCAUUUGGCCCUCCAAAAUCCGCAACCCCAAACUUUAGCUAUCCACCACCCCCAAGCCAGCCUCCCCCUUCAAAUGGAGCUUACCCUGGGCCCCCGUCAAUCUCACCAGUGCCAACUCCACCCUCUUCUAUUCCUUCAUUCCAACCUCAGCCUCACUCGUUGGCUCAACAGCAGAUGUUUGCUCCACCUCCCACCAUCCCUUUAGAUAAACACUCGCAACAAGAUUCACCUUACUACCAGCAGAAUGCUGCUCCGUUUCAGCACAACGCCUCAUUAUCGACUUCAUCCACUCCUCAGCCACCUUCGACGAUGGCAAAAAUGACCCAGGUACCUGGAGGAGCUCCACCAGUAGGGCAAUUUACUGGGGCACAAGCAGUAGAUGAAGAUCUUGUUGGAACCUUUAAUGGUGGAAGUUAUCGUAUAAGCCACCGGCAUACAAACUCAAUUUUGACUAUCCAACUUGCGAUGGGUGCUCCACUGGAGGCAAGACCAGGCGCUAUGAUUGCUAUGUCUACUACCAUGACGCUUAAAGGACACAUUUCCUUGAAAAUCGUAAAGGUCAUAACUGGUGGAGAAAUUGCUAGGUCCGAGUACACAGGUCCCGGAGAGCUUCUUCUUGCUCCAUCAGUUUUGGGUGACAUCAUAGUUCUCAAGCUUGAGGAGGGGAUAGAGUGGAAAGUUGGACGGGAUGCCUACUUGGCAUCAACGGAAGGUGUCAAAAGUAAAUAUAAGGGGCAGGGUUCCCUAUCGAAGGCCUUCUUUUCUGGCGAAGGUCUUUUCGUUUACAACGUUACUGGUAGGGGGCUUCUAUGGAUUCAAAGCUUCGGAGCAAUCAUCAAGAAAGACCUGAAAGACGGCGAAAAGUACUACAUCGACAAUGGUCAUCUAGUGGCAUGGAAUUGCGAAUACAAGAUCGAGAGGGUCACCUCUGGUGGUAUCAUUUCUAACAUUGCCUCCAAGGAAGGCCUUGCCUGCAAGUUUAUAGGCCCCGGAACAGUGUAUCUGCAAACCAGAAACGUGAACGCCUUCGCCCUCCAGAUGAAGAUCAGCACUGCUAGUGGUGCUUAA